GAUGAAUGGGGCCCGGGCUGACUGCGAACUACGCUCUUCGGCCGGCAGCGUUGGUGGCGGCCGCCGGGGACGGGGAGACCGCGGCGGCCCCGGGGGAGAGCAGCGCCCCGGGACAGUGGCGAUGUUCUGUGCCGCGGCCGAGGCAGCAGCCCGGCUUCCUGGGGUAGCGGUCUAGGCGGGCGCUUCCUCUGCGCGCUCGCUCCCCUUCCCCUGCACCGGCCAUGCGCCCGGCCUUCGCCGUGGGCCUGGUGUUCGCAGGCUGCUGCAGUAACGUGAUCUUCCUGGAGCUCCUGGCCCGGAAGCAUCCAGGAUGUGGGAACAUUGUAACAUUUGCACAAUUUUUAUUUAUUGCUGUGGAAGGCUUCCUCUUUGAAGCUGAUCUGGGAAGGAAGCGGCCAGCUAUCCCAAUAAGGUACUAUGCUGUCAUGGUAGCCAUGUUCUUCACCGUCAGCGUGGUGAACAACUACGCCCUGAACCUCCACAUUGCCAUGCCCCUGCAUAUGAUAUUCAGAUCUGGUUCUCUGAUUGCCAACAUGAUUCUAGGAAUUAUCAUUUUGAAGAAAAGAUACAGCAUAUUCAAAUAUACCUCCAUUGCCCUGGUGUCUGUGGGGAUAUUUAUUUGCACUUUCAUGUCAGCAAAGCAGGUGACUUCCCAGUCCAGCUCGAGUGAGAAUGAUGGAUUCCAGGCAUUUGCGUGGUGGUUACUAGGUAUUGGGGCACUGACUUUUGCUCUUCUGAUGUCAGCAAGGAUGGGUAUUUUCCAAGAAACUCUGUAUAAACAAUUUGGGAAACACUCCAAGGAGGCUUUGUUUUAUAAUCAUGCCCUUCCACUUCCUGGUUUCAUCUUCUUGGCUUCUGAUAUCUAUGACCAUGCAGUUCUGUUCAAUAAGUCUGAGCUCUAUCAAGUUCCCGUCGUUGGUGUGACCGUGCCCGUCAUGUGGGUCUACCUCCUCAUGAACGUCACCACUCAGUACGUGUGCAUCCGGGGUGUCUUCAUCCUCACCACAGAAUGCGCCUCCCUCACCGUCACGCUCGUCGUGACUCUACGCAAGUUUGUGAGCCUCAUCUUCUCCAUCCUGUACUUCCAGAACCCUUUCACUUUGUGGCACUGGCUGGGCACCUUGUUUGUCUUCAUUGGGACCCUAAUGUACACCGAGGUGUGGAACAACCUAGGGACCACAAAAAGCCAGCCUCAGAAGGAGGACAAGAAGAACUGAGGUCUCCCUGGAAUAGAGAGACCAGUGUCGUAGUGAGCGAGGGUCUGGCCGCCAUUUCACUUCUGUUAAUGCUGAAUUACCCCCAAGUAUUGAACCAACCAGGUACCAGAGGAUCCUCAGGAGGAGGGGACUUCUAGGAUAUCUCAUAGCUAUACAGACCAACGUGUGUGGCCUCCAAAUAGAAAGUCCUCAACCCUGAAAUAGAAAAAAGAACAGUCUCUACUAUUGAACAGCCUGUUCAUUUGUUAUUUCUGUUUUGUUUACCAAACUAUUCAGUACUGCACUUGUUUGUUGAAUUCUGAGCCCCCAGAGCUACUAGUUUUAUAUCCAUGGUCUUGGACAAGAUUAUCCCUUUGAUUGCUGCUCUGAUGAUUCUCUGCCAUAACAGUCAUUAUCUUCCUGUGGCCUCGUCCCUUUGUCCUGUCACCCUUCCACUCUGCAGCAGUACUUCUCAGUCAGACACUCCAGGCAUCCUCGUCAGGAACCACUGAGUAGCCAAGUGAACUGAGACACUGGUGACAUUGGGCUGGACAGCGUGUUGGGAAAGAAGCAGUUGUCCCUGCAAGCCGAGCCCUGGUGACACUGGAGCAAGACUGGUGGGAAGUCUUUCCCACAUUUUGCUUUUUUUUUUCCUAUGCACAAGUCAUAUGCUUUCACAUCUGCUGCUCUCUGUGCUAGAACAAACCUGCAGCAUAUCUCUAUGCACAGUGUUAAUAAGGAAGAAAGGCUGGGUAUGAAUUGGGAAAGAGAGACUUUUUCCCUCAGUCUUCUACAUGAAGCCCACAAGCCUAGAGCUGAGAUGGUGACGCCAGGAUGGCCCAGGAGAAGUUGGUCCUGGUCAGCACCCAGAGACCCUCACCUCCCCCUAGGCCCAGCCAGGCACUUGCAGGGCUGGCUCCAAGUGGGGAGAUUAAGUCUGUCCUCUUAACCAAGGAGAUUCAGCUCCGCCUGGCAGCUCUGAUAGAGUCACGACCAGUCAGGCUAAUAAGUAGACUAAUAUAUGCAGUGGGUGUAGGUGUGGUGUAGAAAUCAGGUCAAAUCACAACUGAAAUGGAAAGGUUUUCUUUUUUUCCUAUAGGUAUCUUAAUGUUCUUGAUGGGUAUUUGUGGGGGUCGGGGGUUGUAUGUAUUUCAUUAUACAUAGAAACAUGCCCCCUUUUUGCUCAUCAUUUCAAAGGUCUGGUUUUCAUCCCACGGGAUAAUUUUGAGAAAGAGGAACGAUGUCAGUGUAGUGUGUGUAGGGUGUGUGUGUGCUCUUGUGUAGUCUGUGUGUGAUAAUUUUGGAGAAAAGCGUGAAAGUCAGGUUUCUUCUAUUUCCUCUCUUUUCACUUAGCCCCGGGCCUUCGUUAACCUCACUCAAGUACAUGCUCUUUUGUAGGCAGUUAAACUUACCAGCCACUCUCCUUUUGCACACAGACGAAGGCCUUUCAGUUUUUGCUGGGUGCAGACUGCCUUGUUAAAUGGAGAUGCGGUUCCCGGGUCCCCUGGGCCCACCAUGGUGUGGUGUUUACUCCACUGCCUGGAGCUGUUCUCCGGUGGGGUCUGAGAUAAGUGUCCUACAACCACUGGGUCGCUUUGGGGGAGUCACUUAAGCUGCCUCGAUUUUUUGUUACAUAAAUGUGGAUACUCUUUCUCCAUCUAAGUCACAGAGUUUUAGACCAAUUUGUCGUUCUGGACAUUGACAGCUUUCCAGUGCCAGUAAUGGUCUAUUCUAAAAGAUGCUGAAUUAGGUGUGAAUCCAUUCAUGGAAUCAAAAGAUACUUUCUUUGAAAUAUGUGGAGUUCCUCAGACUGAUGGUGCUAUAAAUACCAUGUGUUAAAUAUCCUCUUAAAAACAAAAAAACAGGAAAAGCUGCUUUUCUUAUGGCUUAAUAGAACAACCUGUCCCAAGGCGCUAUUUGAUUGCUACAUAUCUGGAGUCUUCACAGAAUAAUUCUUAAUAGGACAGAGCCUUACAUAACAUAGUAUCACUUUUUUUGUUGAUGGGAAAUAUCAGAACUUUUAGUAAUUGAACUGUGUCGAUGUACACAGUCAGCAUUUAACUGGGUCCAUUAGGUUUUAGAUUCUGGUUUUAGAGAGAGUGUGUUCCUCUCCGCCUGAACACCUCUGCUGGUCUUAUUAACAAGAGGUUAUGUAUGGACGGAGUAGGGCACUCAUACUAUGAAACGAACACAUGUAAGAACAGUGUCUGAAAUGCCCUGGGAAUUGAUUUUCUCUCUAGUGGUGGGAUAUAAGGAAAUAUGUCUAAUGGGCCCUAGUUAAUACUUUAUUUAACUACUUUUUUUUAACCAUUUAUUCCCCUUGGAUAACUGAUUUUUCAAUCCAGGUUGAAAUUGAUUUCAACCUUUAUUAAAGGGGCAAAUAAACCAUUUUGUAGAGGAUCAGACUCAUACCUAACUGGAGGAGAAAUGUCUAUUAAAUGCCUCUCCUUUUUCUCUGGAUCAAGACCAUGUAAUGUGCCCCAGAAAGAGAGGAUAUAGUUUGUUUACAAAAGAGAUUGGUGUUUAAGACAUCCAAAACUCUACCCUGAGAGCAAAGAUCAAAUAGCAGAUGACACUAGCUGGAAAAUGUAGUGUGUGUGUUUGUGUAUGUGUGUGUGUGUGUGUGUGUGUGUGCACGUGCCCCUUGUACCCAGCUUGGCCAGUGUCAUAGAUAAGGUAACAGGAGAAAACAGUGCAUAUUUGAAUUUUAUUAAUUUGAUGUCUACAUAUCCUUUACCACAAUUCUAUUGUCACAUUAUAAGUGCUUUUUUUCAUUUUUUAUUAGUAAUUUAUCUUUGAUCCUUUAUUUUCUUUUUCAUCCAACUAAAACAACCAUUAAUGCACUUGAUAAGUUUCUAUGAAGCUCUACAGUAUUUAGACGCAAUCCAAAUAGGUUUUUUCUCCUUCUUCCUGCCCAGUUAUCCAAAAUGAAAUGCUACAGUACUUUAAUUGGGUCAGUGCGACAAGCGAAGAAAACCACAAAAGCAGAGUUGAUCCGUACCACUCCCAACAAACCUCUUCUAUUCUUCUGGGAGGAUCACCUGACAUUUUUAAAGGAUUCUGAUAUCUUGUGGUCAUUUCCUAAGCACCUUUCCUCCCUUCUGCCCUGUUUUUCACUUCCUAACCCCUACCGGCAGUGUCUUCACUGCAGCCUGCCUUCACUUGUGUAGUUUUCUACUGAGCAACACCUCUAAUCUUGUAUCUGUUUAUGCCUCUAUGGGGCCUCUGGAUGUUUUUGUGGAUUUUUACAGGAUGUUUUUAUCUGUGUUGUAUGUAUUUUGUUAUACAUUGUUAUAAGCGUUGAUACUAGGGGUGUGUGUCUAUAAGGAGGGGAAUAUCUGGCAGAGUAUGUGAAUAUAUGUGUAGAUGAGUAUGAACAUGACGGGUUGAUGUAAAAAUGUUUCUAUACUCUGUUACAGCUCAAAGUGGGGCUAAGAAUCUUGACCACUGGUCACUUAUAGAUUUGGAAAACAAUAGUUUUCUUAUUUUGCUCUUUUUACCUUACCUCUAGCUGACUUCACUCAACAGUACCAAAUGCCUGUGGUGAGGGGAGGUUGAAACAUGAGGUCAGGAAUAAAUCGAAACCAAUGAAUUAUCUCUGGGCUGAUGGACAUACUCUUUGGUGGACCAACUGACAUAUUAGAGAAUGUAGCAAAGACCUGAGCAGAUACACAAAUACACAUCGAGAAGAACUGCAUCAUAGAGAUCUGAAAUCAAGAUCCUACAUUUGUUGUAGUUUGUUUCUCUAUGGCUUGGAGUAAAUAGAAUUAUGAGUAAUUCUGCCUUUAUUAGAUAAACAAAGCAUUUAGUCUCAAUAGCUGUGUCCUUUUAAAAUGUGAGUGGAACUUACCUGUGGCAGUUCAUCCUUAGGCUGAAAGAACUGUCAAUAUAGAAAAAACUUAUUAUUAUUACUGAUUGGCGUGACAUUUGAAAAUGAGUAUAAACAAUAUUUGUAAGUAAAAGAACCAGUCAUAAGCAUUGGGGUAUGUUCAGUAUGUCCAAAGCUGGGGUGGGAGACUGUGUUCUCUCUUUCCAGCAGCUUCCUCACAGUAGACACUGCAGAGAAGGGAGGGACCCGGGAUCAUGUCUUCUUCAGUUCUGUAUUGCCUGCCCCAGCACAGUGUCUGACUUGCAUCACGUGAAUAAAUGAAUGCCGCCCAAGAUCUCUUAUUGCCACAAGUUUCUGAGAAACCUUCUAGUGGUUCCUGAUACCUCUUACCAUUCUCCAUCUGCUGGUUGGCAAGAAAGCAAAUAAGAGGAAACAUCCCUAAGAUUCCAAGCGAGAGGGGGAAUGGAGGACAUACACCACGAUUGCUAUUGCUCUGCGGCUUUUUGCUCUCUGAUUGCCUGAUGGUAGGAGGGAAGAGCAUUAUAUAUUUAGCACUUCGCACUUCGCAUCAUUUGAUGCUCAGUGCAAGGAGAUGCCUAUCAGGUCAGCAUUAAAGAUUCCUAAAAGUGUUUGAGGUCGGCUGCCUGGGGUGGACCCUUCCGUCUCCAUGGCGGGUGUAGCUGGUUUGUGUUGGCUGAUGCCUGGAGCCCACUGUCUAUUUGUCUAUUCCCAGUGUCAUACCGAGACACCUCCCCUGAGUUUUACCUCCUUAAAUCGCUAACCAUCCUACCAAAUGUCCUCAACUGUAAUCAACUAAGGCAAACUGCAGGGUACCAGAGAUAGGUCGGGGCAGGGGGGGGGGAGUGUGGUCUACGCCUAGAAGAAACAAGACCCAUCCUUUUUAAGGGAAAAACUUGUAAUGAUUCCUCUGCACAUUAUUUGUAUCUUUUGAGAUGUAUAGAGUCCUGUGAACCAACAAGAGAAGCAGUAGUCAUUCCCCAAUGCAAUAAAAAUGUCUUUGUGUA